AUGAAGAGCAAGGACUACGCCGAGAUCUUCGACCAGAUGUCUUUCGUCGGGACGAGAUACCCUGACCUGACGGCGAUGGCAGAGCUGGGAUCUCUCAGGAUUGCCACUACCUCUUCGAGAGAUGCAGCUUGCGAGGCUGAUGAUGAAUCCUCAACCCACGUACCAGAAGGAAACCAUCGAGUUCCUCUCCACUCUCCGAGAGCUUGGAGGAUGUGUUUCACUUUGAACACAAGAUGGGCGAGAAACAGAGCCGGGAACGCCACAAGGAGAGCUUCAAGCCUUCUGGGCAAUGAUCGGAGUUGGCGAGUACAUGCUAGCACUGCCAAGAGCACACACAUCAGGAACCCCGUGCUCAGAUACGUCCACAAGGCCCUCGCUCACACCAUCUAUGCGAGGCGCGACGUGACUGGUGUCACAGAGAAGGAGCUCUUCUUCUUGAACGAAGGGAUGAAGAGGGUGAUUCGCACAUUGCCGGAUGGACUGAGAUGGUCGGGGACAGAAUCAGGGAACAGCGUGGCGACGUAUCUUCUCAAGAGCUUCCUCAGCUACAGAGUAUGCUCUCUCUCUCAACAAGGUGCACAAGGCAAGCAGUGGUCAGCUGAGCUGUGGAGGACUCAUAACGCCGAUCCUCAUGAACUGGGAAUCACGCUUGAGAAGCCGGUUGAUCCUCAGGCGAUAAACAUCCAGUAUCUCCGCAAGAGCACCUACCUUCGCGGCCUCCCAUCAGCGGACGCCACAACUAUCAGUUCGCCUAUAGGCAGUUUGAGUACGGGCUGGCGAGUUUCUUCCUGCCAAACCCACCCUUGA